AUGAGCGCAAACAACACCACCGGAGAACUGACGGCAGCAGCAGCAAAGGUCCAGCCGAUUGCUGCCCAAAAUUCAGGGCAAUGGACGACGGGUCUCUUUGAUUGUUUCGAUGAUUCUGAUAACUCGGCAGGUGAGGCGGCCCGAAAUUACUACUUGCUGGGCAGCUUUGGAUGUGCAUUCUGUUACUCUUAUCCGUAUCGGACUCAGCUAAGAGAAGUGUUUUCACUGGAGGAGCAACCGUGCGCCGAUUGCCUUGUUCACUGCUUCUGCAUCCAAUGUGCUCUUUGUCAAGAGCAUAGGCAGCAUAAAAAAACGUGGCUUUGA